CACGCGCCCAUCCAUGUCCUUGCUCAGCUGCGUCUAUAUAAACAGGAGCAACAAUCACAUGACCAGGCAUUCCUACAGACAAGAGCCACACCUCUCUCCUUCCGACACAGCUCGCAAUUGCAUCAAGUUAUCUUUAGCUGAUUCCGGAACAGCGCUCGGAGAAUCCAUUGCUUGUAAGAAGUCGAGCAAGGAGUCGAGCCACCAUGAAGCUGCUCUCUUUUUUCGGCAAGAAGGUGAAGGCUUCAGCUGCUUCCAGCGACCUGAACCCGUAUGCUGGGUUCUUGACAUCCGAUCCACAGUCCGGCACUCCGAGUGCCAAUAGGUCUCUUCGUGCUGCUGCACAUCAAGCAAGAAAGACCCCUGCUCAGCGAAUCGAGCGAAAAUCCCAUGUCGUAGAUAAACUCUUCGACGCGGAGCAUCAACAGCUCAUCGAGGCCUUCAAAAUCAUCGACAAGAACGGGGAUGGGAAGAUUUCGCAUCAGGAGUUGAGAGCCAUGUGGGCCACCCUCGGGGAGAAAGUGACUAACCAGGAGCUUCGCCUUAUGGUUCAGGAGGUCGAUGUGAACGGGGACGGAGAAAUAGAUCUGGGAGAGUUCAUAAUUCUCAAAAGCAGAUCCGAGGAUGUCGAACAACGAGCUAGGGAGCUAAGAGUAGCAUUCAGCGUAGCGGAUGCAGACCGGGACGGCCAUAUUUCAGCUUCUGAUCUGCAGAAGUUGAUGAAACGACUGGAGAAGAAGGUCACCAUCGCCGAGUGUUAUGUGAUGCUCCAAUGCGUGGAUUCCGAUGGUGACAACUUGAUUGACUUUCGGGAAUUUGAGAAGUUCAUGACCUCUGCCAUCUUCUCAAGAAAAUUCUGAGUACAGCACACGUGAAGAGCAUGCGUCGUCGCACCUUUAAAUCCCAAGCAAUCUACAUCAGAGUUUCUGUCGUCCAGUAACUGGAUGCAGCAUCUCCGGCCUUAUGGCAGGCCUGAAAUCAAUGUAUUUCAGGCUGCCUAACCUCAAACCAAGUGGACCUGUCGAAGACCAGCAAGACCCGAGGAAGCGAGCAGGUUUAGAGUUCCUAUCACAGCCGUAGCCGUGCAAUCCCGUCCAUUCGGAGCUGAACAAAAGUGGGACGAACCCGGUGACCUUGUUACAGACUCACACAUCGAGAAAGCUUAUACCUCAUGGAGCCUGAAAAUUAAAGCACCUUUCUACAGCAGCCAGCCACGUAAACGGGCACAGAUGAACGAGUGGAUGUUGGUGACAGGAUUGGCUGAUCAAUACAUGAGAUGGACUCCGGAAGAAUUUACAUGAUCUGUUGAGGUCUUCCUGUCAAGUAGUGAAGUUCCAUGGCGCAGAAUUUACACGAGUCUCUGUGGGUAAUUGAGCUGAAGUUUACAUGUGCUCCACGAGUCCCAUCCUCUGGAUCGUACAGGAUGUAAAUGAGGUUUCCGACGGCUAUUGAUUUUAUCUCGAGCAGAAAAAUCAUCUGCAACGCAUUCAGUCUGCAUAUGUGGUCCGAUAUAUCUAGACCACAUAUUAAGCUACUUCCUUCGAGAUGAUGCCGCUUAUAUUUUAAGCAAGCGAGCGUUUCGAACCAUUGAUUUCAAAUAGUUUCAACUUAUCUGCAUAUACUUUCAGUCUGCCGAAAAUGUUCUUACAAAUAUGAUGCAAAGAUUGAUUGUAUAUCCUUUCAAGGUAGUUGAACCGAGAUGACAAAGAUAUGAUCGAGAACCUUUUGCAGCGCAUAAUACAAAUAAGAAACGC